AUGUUUUAUUCAGCACCAAUAACCUCCUUUUGGGUUUGGGCAAUCUCUUUUCUGUUCUUUAUGUUUCUUCUUAUUUAUGUUCUUUUAAUUGAAUUUCCAGCCCGAGUUACUUAUAUUGAAUGGCUUAUUUUUGCUUAUGUUCUGGCUUUGGGAAUGGAACAUUUUAGGAAGCUUCUCAUACUCGAAGCUUCUUCCAUAUUAGAGAAAAUUAAAAUUUUCUACAGUAAAUAUUGGAAUAUGUUAACUACAGUAGCCAUUUUAUCUUAUUUUGUUGGUUUUGCUUUUCGUUUUGACCCUGUUAGAGUACACAGCCACAGCAGGGUGAUUUUGGCUGUUAAUUCGGUUCUUUGGCAUAUGAAAACGUUUGUUUAGAUUCUUGUUA